AUGGUCCAAGACAGAGGACCGGCCACGUCGGCCGUGACCAUCGUCAUCACGGUCCUAGCCACAGUCUUUGUCGCCGCGCGCUUCUACACCCGACUCUGGCUGGUCAAGUCGGUCAAGCAAGAUGACUGGUGGAUUCUGGCGGCGUGGGUUCUGGCGGUCGGGUUUUCGACUUCGAUCUGCAUCGCCGUCACCUACGGCCUGGGCAAACACAAGGCCGACAUCGCCGACACUUCGUUUGGGUCGCUGCGCAAGGCCGAAUAUGCCUUUUCGAUCCUCUACAACCCUGCGCUGAUGCUGACCAAGACGUCCAUCGUCGUCUUCUAUUUGUCCGUCAUGAGCAAGGACGUCGACCCAGUCUUCAAAUGGUGCAACUGGUUGACUCUGGCGCUGGUCAACGUCGCCGGAGCGGCUCUCACCUUCUACAACAUCUUCCAAUGUCGACCGGUGGGGGCUGGCUAUCAAUACCCGACUCCCCUGGGCCGUGUGAAAUGCACCGACAUCGUCACGCUGUACUUGUCCUCCGCGCCCGUCAAUAUCGUUACCGACAUCGCCGUGCUGUUUCUCCCGAUGCCGAUCUUGACGCGCAUGCGGCUGCCCCGGAAGCAGAAGAUCAUCCUGGUCGUGACGUUCAGCUUCGGCGCAUUUGUCGCGGCGGUCGAUGUCAUUCGCAUUGCCUAUCUGCAGACCGCGGCGCUGAAUCGGCUCAAAGUCGUCCGGGGAGACGGCGGGACGACCACCCGUGUUGUCGAGCAGAAUGACUUUUCGUGGUACGCCAGUCUGAGUUUCAUGUGGUCGGCCGUCGAGGUCUGCAUUGGCAUCAUCUGCGCGUGUGUGCCGAGCUUGAAACCGCUGUUUUCGCGAUUCCUGCCGAGCUUCAUCAGAGAUCCCGGCGACGAUCUCACCUCGAGCGAUAGCGCCGAUCAUGGAAAGCCGGAUGCGUCAUCAUCGUCGCCUGAUACCAGGACUGCUCUGCGGGGGAAUGUGUCUAUGGUGACCAACCCGGCCGCAUUCAGGAGCCCCAGCGUCAAAGAGUACACGGGAGACGACGACGGCGAUCAGAUGGGGUUUCUGAACAUGCUUGCCGCUCCGCCUGACAAAGAUGACGAUGACGGCGGUGUGUCGUUCACCGUGAGACGAACGACUACAGCAACCAGCAGACUCACUCGACGCGAUACCAACAAGACGACCGUGUCGGACUUUGGGUUUGUCAAGAUGUCUGGCAGCAGGAAUAUGCUGAAACUGUCCAGCGCACAGAGUAUCUGGCCGAUCGCCGUGGUGACUGGGAUUUUCUUCCUCUGGGGAUGCGCCUACGGGCUCUUGGACACUUUGAACUCCAGAUUCCAGACGGUGGCCGGACUGUCUACUGGCCAAGUGUUGGGUCUGCAUGCUGCAUAUUUCGCAGGGUACCUCGUUGGCCCCUUGACGCUGGGGUUGUUCAUCAUCAAAAGGUACGGCUUCAAAGCGGUCAUGAUAUCCGGCCUCUGCGUCUACGGCUGCGGCACUUUGGUCUUCUGGCCGUCGGCCGUGCUGACUUCCUACGGCGCCUUCAUCGUCUCGAAUUUCCUGGUCGGGUACGGUCUCGCGUGUCUCGAGGUUGCCGCGAAUCCCUACAUCGCGCUCUGCGGGCCGCUGGAAUACGCCGAGGUGCGGCUCAAUGUGUCGCAGGCUUUCCAGGCCAUCGGCACAGUCUGCUCUCCAUUACUGGCGACUAGAGUGUUGUUCAAGAACGUUUUGGACGCUUCGUCGCUGGUGAACGUGCAGUGGACGUAUCUUGGGAUUGCCUUGUUCGUGUUCGCCCUCGCCGUCGUGUUCUACUACAUCCCGCUUCCCGAGGCGACAGACGAACAACUGCAGGAAAUGGCGGACAAGCGCAGUGCCGCGUACCGUGCCGCUCCAGUUCCUGUGGUCGGUAUCCCGUGGAGAGUCGUCUACACGACGCUCGCUCUCGGCGUGUUCAGUCAAUGGUGUUACGUUGGGUUGCAGGAGUGUGUGGGCAACAAUCUACAGCCGUUGAUCACGUUGCUAAAACCAGGCUCGGAUCUUCACCCUUUUUAUUUCUUGACAAUAGGACAUACCGUGUUUACGGUCGGACGAUUCGCGACAGCGUUGCUCAAUUACCUCUUCAAACCGCGAUGGGUUCUGCUCGCGCUUUUCAUCGGUCUUGUGGUGUGUCUCUCGCUGAAUAUGGAGUUGGAAGGGAAUGCCGGAGCCGUGUUUGGGAUCCUUACGUUCCUCUUCGAAGCCGGUAUCUUCAGCAAUAUCUUCGCCAGUUCGAUGCGUGGACUCGGCGCGCAGACUAAACUCGGCUCGGCGCUGAUGACUGCCGCUAUCUCCGGAGGGGCUGUGUUCCCGCCGAUUCAGUGGGGAGUGGCGAAUGGUCGUGGAUUGAGGUAUUCAUAUUGUGUGCCGUUGGCGGUCGCUGUGUUUGGCAUGCUGUUCCCCUUAUAUUUGAAUCUGGUUCCGGAAGCGAGGGCUCAGGUUGAUCCGACACGGGAAGAGCAUGCUCAGAGACAUAGGCGGACGGUGCUUCAGCAGGAAAGAGAGUCCGGAAGUUAUGAUCAGCAGCAGCGGCCAGGGUAUGAGCAGGCAAUGAUGGCAAAGAGAAGGAGGAAAACGAGACAAUCUGGAAAGCCGUCGGUGGAACAUGUCGAACAACGAACGAGUAGUCGAAAUGGCACUCUGUCGGCGUCUUCAUCACCUGUUUUGACCAUGGACUUUGCUGAUUACGAGAAGCGUGAGAUUGUGACACGGAAGCUGGAGCCGGUCCGGACAAGGUCUUCUCAGGGAUAUACUGGCGAACUUGCUUUGUGGCCUGCUGAUCAGUCUUCAGAACGCAAUAACAGUGUCGGCACCAGCAGUGGACGAGCACGAGAAGCAGAAGGGUCCGACGGUGACGGUGGCAAGUACCGUGACCGUCAAACAAGAGCCCAUGAGGAGGAAAAAGACGAGAGAGACGAUUCCGAUUCGAUGGUCACUCACCACCAACCUGCUCCCACUCAUGCUGCUUCUGCUUCUUACGAAGUGAGAAAUGAUGACGAGAUUGACGACGAUUAUCACGCUUUCAUGAGACAGAAAUGA